UUUUAUACAGAUUCACAAUGGGUCGUAGAAGCUCUGGUGGAGGAAGAUCAUAUUCAACUGGAACAAUAUGGCCUAAAUCUCUCAAGAAAUCGUCUCCUAAGCCUACUAAAGCUAAAGAUGAGAAAGCACCUCCUCCUGAAAAAGUUGAGACUACUCCUAGAAGAAUCUACUUUGAAAGCUUUAGGUCAUCCAUAACUGAUGGUUUUCGUUGGGGGUUUGGAAAUGCCUUGGGACACAGAUAUGCUGAAUUCAUUUUUGGUCCUCGAACCAUUAAACAAGAAAUUGUAGUACCAGAAAAAGUGAAAGAAGUUGCUAUUGUUUCUGCCAAUGAUGAUAACGAAAAACUCAAGGAUUACUCUGAAACAUGCGACAUUAGCUAUAAUGCAUUUCAAGACUGCUUGAAUGUUGAAGAGAAUAAUCUAAGCAAAUGUCAUCUCUUCAUGGAUUCGUUGUUUGAGUGCAAGAGGAAUUCUAGUUCCUUCAACUUCUAAGUUCUUCUUUAUUUAUUAGUGUUUGGUUUCGAAUAAAAUAACAAACCAAAAAACAACUUUUAUUUGGUUUCCACUUAUUCCUUUUUGAUGUUUGCUUUUUCUUGGAUGAUUAAUCUCCAAGUCUAUGAAUAACAAAUUUUGUUUCAUUUGGUUUGCAACCUGAUAACAAAAAUUGUCAGAUGAU